GAGCGUGACAGUUUGUUGACUGUGUGUCACGCGGUAGUACUGUGACUGUUAUUUUUUUUCAUAAUGACUUCCAGUUCUCCUUUGGUUAAGAGUUGUUUAAGACGGGACAAAGUAAAUACUUGAACGCUACCUAGCAUCUGUGUUCAUGGAGACAACCGCUCUCCCUGGGACGUGUUUUAAUAGUUAAAGGUUCGAGCUCUUACUAAUCUGAUAGUGACCCAAGCCUGAGUUGGAUGACCAUGGCCAACAACAGGGAUAUCAGUGAGAGCACCCCUCUCCUGGAAUCUUCCGGGAACAGACCUCCACCGCCAUCAGUUUUCCAGGGCAGACGACUAGCAUGUGCAGCCAUUCUUCUGGCCGAGUCAUUGGAGAGGAUUGCUUUCUACGGCAUCACAUCCAACCUGGUGCUUUUUCUCAAUAGCAGUCCUUUUUAUUGGGAGGGCACACAGGCGAGUCAGGCACCUCUGGUGUUCAUGGGAAUCACUUACCUGAUUUCACCAUUUGGAGGCUGGUUGGCCGACGCAUACCUUGGGAAGUUCUGGACAAUUGCUGCAAGUCUGAUCCUAUAUUUUGCAGGUUUGUUGUUUUUUCCUUUCAUUUCAAAUGAGGACACCAGGAUACACCUAUGUGGGGACGAGCUGGCAUUUCCUGUGCAACCUGCUGAGUGUCUGAGCACCAACAGUACUCCUUCGAGCAACAUAACCUGCCCCGUACGUGCUGCAUACUGUGGGCCUGUGGUCUACAGUGGACUCUUCUUAAUUGCUUUAGGUGUGGGUUCUGUGAAGUCCAACAUCACUCCAUUUGGGGCAGAUCAGGUGAAAGACAGAGGACCAGAGGCAACGCGCAGAUUUUUCAACUGGUUCUACUGGUGCAUCAACUUAGGAGCCAUCGUGUCUCUGGGGGGCGUGGCCUACAUCCAGCAAAAUUUCAGUUUCGAGCUUGGCUACAUCAUUCCAUCAGUGUGCCUUGGCGUCUCUUUUGCGGUGUUUCUCUUGGGCCGCACUGUCUUCAUCACCAAACCUGCUGAUGGCAGUGCCUUCACAGACAUGUUCAAGAUCCUGAGCGUUGCCUGCUGCUCCCCAAAACCCAAGGAACCAAACUUGCUGCGCAACAAACCAACACUACUAGAUAGUGCCAAAGUGACCUAUGGAGGAAAAUUUCCUGAAGAGAAAGUAGAGGAAGUGAAAGCCCUGGUGAAAAUCCUCCCAGUUUUCUUUGCCCUCAUCCCAUAUUGGACUGUUUAUUUCCAGAUGCAGACAACAUAUGUCCUGCAGAGCCUCCACCUGAAGAUUCCUGAUGCUUCCUCGAACAGAACUGUGGAUUCCCACCAGAUGACGUUCCGCUUCCCGACUGCCUGGCUCACCAUGUUUGAUGCCUUGCUCAUCCUUCUGCUGAUCCCCCUGAAAGACAAAGUGGUGGACCCCAUCUUGAAGCGUCGUGGCCUGCUGCCCUCGUCUCUGAAGAGGAUUGCAGUGGGGAUGUUCUUUGUCAUGUGGUCGGCCGUGGCAGCGGGUAUUUUGGAGACCAAGCGCCUGGAGAUCGUCAAAUCAAACGGUACCAUUGACCAGGUGCUCGGCAACGUUAUCUACUACGCGGCAGAUUUGCCCAUAUGGUGGCAAGUGCCUCAGUAUGUGCUGAUAGGAAUCAGCGAAAUCUUUGCCAGCAUUGCAGGUCUGGAGUUUGCUUAUUCUGCAGCCCCCAAGUCCAUGCAGAGUGCCAUCAUGGGGCUCUUCUUCUUUUUCUCUGGGAUUGGCUCCUUUGUGGGCUACGGCUUGUUGGCUCUUGUCUCACUCAAGGAGAUCGGCUGGAUGUCGUCCCACAGAGACUUCGGUAACAUCAACGACUGCUCUCUGCACUACUACUUCUUCCUCCUCGCGGGAAUCCAGGGCUUAACCUUGCUGGUCUUCCUUAUCGUCUCUGUCAAGUACGACAAGCAGAGGGGCAGAGCAGGAAGCCAAAGGCAGAGACACAUCUCCUCUUGACCUCAUGCACCUCCGUAUCCCACUCACCCACCCACUCGCCAGACUUGCCUUCUCCUGUCAUGCCACUCAUUGCCUAAAGUCCCUGUUUAAUGGGUACGUACUAAUCUCAUCCUGCAAAAGCUGAGGUUUACCCCCACAUGUGAUUCUGUCCCGCCGAUAUCUAUGUGUUCUUUAUUUAUCUUUGUUUUUGCUUUUAUGUUUUUUUUUCCUCUGAAUGGUUUGACAUCACUGGGUGAAUGCACAGGUACCACUGACCGUAUAGACUUCAGUCUGCUUUGCCUUUGACCAUUUUGCACUUGACUUGAAAAGUGUUUCCAUGGAAAAUGUGAUAUAUUUUCUCAUCAUGAGCAAGCACAGUUGUUUUUAUUGAUACUUUUACGUUCUGUUUUCUAACAAAAUCUUAUUGUUGGAUUGAAUUUGAGCCAUUUUACCAACUCCUUCCAAAAAGUGACCAUUGGUGGUUUCUUAAUACAGUAAAAUGUGCAUUAAUAUCUACCUGGAUAUCAGUGUAAUGUAUGCAGUAACAUACAUAGUAACAACACAUUUGAAAUGUUUAAUGCACUGGCUAAAAUGUUUCAGUGUUGUUGCAGAUUUCCACUGAUGAUUGCUGUCAAUGUUGAGGCCAAACAGAUUCUGUUUCUACUUGAUCACAAUUAUGUUUUUUGUUUCACUCUAAAACUGCAGUUACAUCCAUCAGGUUUACAAAAACCUAUCCUUUAAAUCUGUCCUCAAAGAGCACACAUGAGGAAUGAGAACUCUUGGUGUUCAAAAUACUUUAGUAAAACCCAGCAUGACAACAAAACUAAUUGCUAGAAAAUAACCUCCACGUUACCAGGCGAUCUUGAGUGGAGGUCGUGUUUCUGUGGCACAAAAUGUGUGGAGAAAAAAGGAAAAAAAAAUCCCAUUCACAGUGACACAGUGGCUAUUUUUAGUGUUUUUGCCACAGAAAAACAAAUCACAACCUUCACAGUAUUUUCCUUUCAGGAACUUUUUCACAGUGUUUCAGUGGCUUUACCACAGAAAUGUUGUGAUGGAUUUGUAAUAGCUUUGUACUUUUAGGGUUAAUGCAAACGUCAGAAUAAGUAGAGCACAGGAUACUGAAUUUUCUCUCAGGGUUUCAGGGUAAAAUACAAGUGACAAUAUUCUCCAGGAAAAUGAAAACUGGCUUUGGGAGUUGGGUGUUUAGCCUGUGGUGUCAAUAAUGUUACAUUUGCAACACAGCACAUUAAAAGAAGAUGCUUAUUGACAGUAAAUACCUUUAACGUUCUUUAAUUGAUUAGACAGUUGAAUAUUUCUUGUUUUAUUGCAUAUUUUAUAUUUGCUUUCUCAUCUUAAAAUGAAUUUUAUGUUUAUUUUGAAAUGACAUUCUGUUAAAUGAUGCUGGAACAAUGUUUUGUGUUUCCAUUUGUCGCUAAUAAAGUAUAUUAAAUUGA